AUGUUGAAAAUCUUGUCGCGCAUCGGAGAAUGUUGCGAAAAACGAACAGCAAGAAGCACGCCGAUACUUUUCUCUAAAAGCAACAUUCCUGGCAUUGUAAAGUGCGUUGAUGGCACACACAUCCGAAUCAUUGCGCCAGUCUUCGACAGAGAUUAUCACUACAACCGUAAGGGGUUUUACAGUUUAAACGCGAUGGUGGUUUGCGACCAUAAAAUGCGGUUUCGGUAUGUGGAUACUCGAUACAGCGGAUCAAAUCACGAUUCACAUGUUUGGAAUGUUCAUGGAAUUGACGACAUUUUUGACCAGCGCCGUUUAUCACAUGCACCACCGGGCCACCCCCAUAAGAAGCUCUAUUCAACACAAAUCACGCGAAGGGAAAUUAUCGAACGCACUACCGGUGUAUUAAAAAAUAGAUUUAGAUAUGUGUUAGGAGCAUGCCAGCUUCAAUAUACACCCGUAAAGGCAGGACAAAUUACGAAUGUUUGUUGUAUUUUACACAACAUAUGUAUAGCGUUUAAGAUGCAAAAUCAUGUUCACGAAGAACCUGCAGAGUAAAAUAGUAAAAUGGGACGUAAACUAUUUAAUUGAACAUGUUUUUUUAACUUGUGCAUGCAUUAAUUUGUAUAUUUCUGAUAAAUAUUUCUUAUGGCUAAUAUCAUUAAUCAAGCAUCAAGCUCUCCAGCAACUUAAAUCAUAAAUUUAAUUAUUUAUUAUUACUAUUUGAACGUUUCAUUACUUCCAAUAUUUGUUUUAAUGUAUCAUUGCACUCUUCUUGUAGCUUGUUGGUUUUUUCUUGGAGUUCCGUGUUUUUUUUCAUUUCGUCGAGCAUUUCUUUGUUUUGCGAUAAAACAUCUUCUAUGCUUUUGUGCAUCCUUUUCCUAUUCGCUCUAGGUGCUAUUGAUGAUGCUGGAAUCACUUGUUCUACUGGUACUUCGACAAUUUGUACCUGUUCAAUAGGGUCCUGUUGUGAUUGCUGUUGUUGUUGCUGUGGUUGCUGUGGUUGCUGAUUGAUGAUGCUGGAAUCACUUGUUCUACUGGUACUUCGACAAUUUGUACCUGUUCAAUAGGGUCCUGUUGUGAUUGCUGUUGUUGUUGCUGUGGUUGCUGUGGUUGCUAUGGUUGCUGUGGUAGUGAUCGAUGUUGUUCAAUAUUCCUGCUGUGGUGGUUGUUGUUGUUCUCUUUAUUCCAAAUGCCUAAUGGUAUAGUUGAAUUGCCUGUCACGGUUGCUGCCAAAUUUGUUAGGCUAACCACUCUUUCUUCAAUGUCGUUCAACGGUUUGAGCCGACACAGACCGCCACCUGUAGCAUUCAUCGAUGCUUUAUUGUCCCGAAGUUUUUUCUUCACUGCGCAUUUAUAGUCAAACCAAACCUUUAAAAACAAGAGCGAAAGUAAAAUUAGCAUUUAAUAUUUGGUUCAUUACAAGUGGCACUUGAAAACUUACCCGUUUCCAGACGUUAUUUUGUUUAAUCGGUGGUUCUAUAGCGUUCAAAUUCUCGGGCACUUCAUUCGAAAAAGACGAUUGGUCACCUUUAUACAGACCCCUUGCGAUAUCUGGACAAGUUUCCAAAAUAUCCACCAGCUUUUCGUACUGCCGUUUAGAUGUGCGUAUUUCUUUGGUGCUCCUGAACACAACCACCAAUAAAUAUAUUUAGUUUCACGCUUAAUAACACUUGAGAAAUUAUCGCUUACGUUUUUGCUCGUAGUUUCAUACAGUCUCACUGUUCGCUCGCAACUGGCUGUUCACGUUCAUAGCAUCUCCUUUUAUACCCUUUUCAAGGUAAAAUUAGUUAGGAUAAACAUGGUUUUCUUUCCAAAGUGUGAACAGCAUAACAGGUAUCCAAAAGUUAUAAAAGAAAGACCAUAAAACAGAACAGGCACCUAGAUGGUUUCAGC